AUGUACACAUCCCUAAACACCUUUACCCAGCCCCAAGCUUCAGCACUUUAUUACGACAACCCCCAGAAAACUGUUGGAGUGUUACGCAAAACUAGCAAGUUCGCUCCAGCGUCCAAUAGCUUCAAGGAACACCCUGACGCCAUAGAGCUUUCCCUUGAUCCUAAUACCAACUCAUUCACCACCUGCCUUCGGGCAGUACUCUGCACUGCAGGCCGAGAAUCUAAUACUUUCUGGCACAUUUAA